AAUUUAUUAUAUUGUGCAAUUUUAACCAAUCACAUAGCCUGUUGGUGGAGCUUAUCAUACAUAAGUAAGAGUGCAUUCUAUAUAUUGACAUAUAUUCUAGGGUAACGAAUAACGACAAGUACCUUCGAGGUUCUGUCCGAAUAAAAAGGGAAAAAUGCUUACCCAAAGAAUCAUUACAAGUGUACCAAAAGUUAUCAAACGUAACAUUGGUAUUCUUGCACCAGCACUUCAAAAAGCUGCGGAUCCUAUACAACAACUUUUCUUAGACAAAAUUCGCGAAUAUUCUGCAAAAAGCGCUGGUGGAAAAUUAGUUGAUGCUACUCCUGAGCUUGAAAAAGAGAGGCAAUCUGAGCUUGAUAGAAUUCGGAGACAAUAUGCUAUAAAGGGUGAUCCAAAAGAUUUCCCAAAAUUUAAAUUUGAAGGUAUGCAAAGUUCUUUUCAAAGCAGGAUCGUAAAGUAAAGAACUGGGCGAACGUAACCAUCUAAGAAGUAUAAAUUUACGAAUUAAAAAAGAACAAGUGUAACACUGGUAUAGAGAUGUCCGUGCUUACCUGUAAAAAUGAAUAAUUUGAUAAUCUGCAAAUAUAUUUUUAUGAACUGAUA